AUGGAUCCGUUGGAGCAAAACCAUAUUGCAUUGAGAGGAGAUAUGGACUCGAUGAAAAACCAGAUAGACCAACUUGUGGAGGCUAUGAUAGCUUUAGAAAAGAGGGAGGACAACAUUCAGCAAACUGCAGUUAUCGAAAAUGUUAUUCUAGCUCCAGUAAAUGAUCCUAUCCAACCUCAGCCUGUGCAAACCCCAGUUGAUAACUCUGUUGUACAAGAACGCCAUAUUGUUCGAGAUGGGGGUUCCUCAUAUCAUGAUGCUAUUGAGUAUCACGGUUUUGCAUUCUCUGAGCCAGAUUAUAAUGGGACAAGCCUGGUGGUUAAUAUUGAACGACCACAAGAUGAUGAGAUUGCUGAAAGAUGCCAUGUGCUAGAGAAAAGACUCAAGGCCAUAGAGGGACAAGAUACUGUUGAACUGAAUGCCUUAGACAUGUGUUUGGACAGUUUGGCUGGGGCAUUAUUGAGUUUGUACAUGAAGUUAGAAAGGAAUCAUAUUCAGUCAUGGCUAGACCUAGCAAACGCCUUUUUGAAGCAGUAUAAAUACAAUUUGGACAUGGCUCCCGAUCGCAUGCAGCUGAGGGCCUUAUCUCAGAAAAACAACGAAUCCUUUAGAGGGUAUGCCCAAAGAUGGAGAGAGUUAGCGGAUCGCAUUGAACUACCACUCUCAGAGAAAGAAUUAAUGGACUCAUUUAGAGAUACCUUGCAAAGUCCUUACUUCGAAAGGAUGAUUAGCAGUGCAGCGUCAGACUUCGCUCACUUGGUGUCAAUUGGAGAAUGCAUCGAGAAUGGCCUCAAAAGUGGAAAAAUCCAAUGCACCUCAAAUAGCCAGAGCAUGGAGAGUGAAUCUAUUCCUAGUUCCCAAAAGGAAGAAGAGGCUGAAAUUAACGCAGUCUGGGAAGCUCCACAAGCUUCACACCAGACAACAUUCUCUCCACAUGGUCAGUAUCCUACAACUCAAGGACCUCCUCAAUAUCAACGAUGGAUUCCACCUCAGCAGCCAUACAAACGACAUAACACUUCACAUCAGCAGCACCAACAUGCUCAACAAUGGCCAAGGAAGCCAGAGAGACAUAUUGAUCCGCUUCCAAUGCCAUACAAUCAAGUACUUCCAUAUUUGAUUAAGAGGGGAAUGAUAGUGCCAAAGGAGCUAAAACCAGUAAGUCCUCCAUAUCCACCAGGCUUUGACGCCAAUGCUCGAUGUGACUUCCAUGUUGGGGCACAAGGGCAUUCAACUGAAGGUUGCAAAGUGCUUAAGAGUAAAGUACAAACCCUGCUUGAUUCCAAGAUGUUCUCAUUUGCGCCUCGAAGCUUGCAAAUCAGUAAUACUGCGUCGCCUAGCUGUGCGGGUCCAUCGGUCCAAACGGUGGAGGAUAUUUCCGAGAAUAGGUCUGAAGAUGAUUAUCGUACUAGUCUCGAUGAGGAGAAAUACCACUACUCUGAAGAAGGCUAG